AGUGUCUCUGCUGUUUUCAUGAACUGUUGAGAAGAUACGAAUAUAACUGUAUCGGAUAUAAGUGCUUCACUAUGUCCGCUGUUACGCAUGCUUCUUUGUCUUCGCUCUUUACCAGCUGAUCGACCUUAACAACCCCACUACUGACGCUCCUGACUUCCCGUCCUUCCUACUUUACCCGAUUCAUGCACAAAGCCAGAACCCAGAGACCUUGUAUUCCGUCGUUAUUGGCCUUUGUCGCGUUUAUACGCCAUCGGACAGAGUCGGAUAUAUGUAUACCGAUACAUAUAUAUCUGUCCCUAUAUUUUCGUAGGACGCUUUCCUUUUUGUGCGCAGCCACUUGUCAAAGGAAUGGCGCGCAGUCGGUUGGUAGAACAAAGGUAGAAAUUCACGCACGAUGCGCACGUACGGUUAUUACAGAAGUUCCUUCGUCUAUAGUAGGUCCGUUGGUAGUUAAGCUGUGGCGUUAACCCUUACCCCGUACUAUUAAUUUUGGCACCCUUAAUCCGUACAGAUGGGUCAAUUAUAUCAGACGUAUUUUUCAGUGCGCAAAAGUAUUUUUCUUAAUUAAAAAAAGACUCAUAUCUUUGAUUCUUCUAGAUAAAGACUGGAGUAAGAAUUGAAAAAUUAUUUUUUUUAAAAAAGGUUAGCCGGCUGUCUUACGAUCCUUAGUUUUCGUCAAGGUGAUACUCUUAGAUAUUGUACCGAUAAUGUUGAGGUUUUGGAAACAACGAAUAUUCAUAAAAUUGUGCGUAUCUUGUACGUUGUAAGAACUUUUUCUUUUUUUGUACGUCUUUGUUUCACGAAACGACUCACAGUUUAUUUAUGCUCGAGAGACCAACCGUGGUUGCUUCAACAUUCGUUGGGAUGGUCCAUCUGAUUUUAUUGCACGCGACAAUAAUUUUAGCGUGAAUAAGCACGAUUCGAUUAUCUGUAAUUCGGUUUUGAUCUUAUCAGUAGGAAUUUGAAACGUCAAUUUAUUUUCAUAGCUAACCAAGGGAUUUCUCGGUAUACUAGUCAAUUUUUUUUCAUCGUACGAUAGAAAUAACUUUUGAAACAAUUUUGCUUUAAGGAAAAAUGUACCAGUGUUGAGUUUUGAUUGUACCUGAAUGCGUAAUUAUUGAUCGUCAAUGUAAUUUUCUAUAAACGACAUAUCUUUAGCGUGAUACAAAUUUUUAUCAUCUGUUCUGUUUUACUUGCCGCCUGGCAGCAGUAAAUAUUUCCUUGGACGGGCCGUAUCUCAACGAACAACACUCGCGAUCGUUUUGCCUCCGCAAUUAGAAAGCGACCAGAAUAGAUAUUCCUGUUGUUAUCCUCGAAAUAAACGUUCUACGAAAUUGAAAGAUAUAGCUAUAAUCCACCCUGGGCCAUUCAAAUUCGGCGCCUUUUACUACCUUGGUCUUCAUAAUGUUCCUCGAUAUUCCAUUGGUUCCCGAGUUUAAGCUCGUGACGCAGUUGGCCAGUGUGCCGAAGCAGGUUCGAGCGGAAUGCCAGAAGCAUUCCAAAAAGCCAGAUCGAUCGACCUCGACACGUUUCCUAGUUGUUCCACAGAAACAAAAAACUGUUAAAAGCUACUCGACGGUCUUGUUUAACAGUGAAAAUAAAAAAGGACACCGAAGCAUAAACUUCCACCACAGAAUAGAGAGCAAACAUGAGGUGACAAUCUUAGGAGGACUCAACGAAUUUUCCGUAAAAUUCUAUGGACCACGAGGGACGCCUUACGAGGGUGGAAUAUGGAAAGUGAGGGUGCACCUGCCAGAGCAUUACCCCUUCAAAUCCCCUUCGAUCGGCUUUAUGAAUAAGGUAUACCACCCGAACAUUGACGAAGUCUCGGGUACUGUAUGUCUCGACGUCAUCAACCAGGCUUGGACCGCCUUGUACGAUUUGUCGAAUAUCUUCGAGUCGUUCCUGCCCCAGCUGCUAACAUAUCCCAAUCCAAUCGACCCCCUGAAUGGCGACGCCGCCGCCAUGUACCUUCACAAACCUGAGGAGUACAAGAAGAAAGUCGCAGAUUACGUUAGGAAAUAUGCGACAGAAGAGGCAUUGAGGGACCAGGAAAAUGGCGGUACAGGAAAUGGAAUGUCGUCCGACAGCGAAUCCUCAAUGAGCGACUUCAGUGAGGACGAGGCGCAAGAUAUGGAGUUGUAACCAAAUAUUUUACCAUCCAUGCCCAUAUCCUUAAACUUAAAACCCUGUAAACUCCAACCACUCAUCCUACCAAAUAGAAGCUUCUUUCUGAUCCUUCAGGACCUCCGUUCAUCCACCGCUACGACACGCACGUUUAAUUUCGGAACUAGCGUUCUUCGGGCUGCUAGACACAGCAUCUUCGGUUCACGGGAUCCUCUCUUAGUCCUGUAUUCUCUACAGUGGCAAGUGCGUAAGUGCGAGAUCAUAACGAUAUAGGUUCUCCGCGAAAAUUAGGGCACCCUCUGGAUCUUAUGGGUUAUAUCGAAGUCAAGAGUGCACCUGUCGCGUCGUUCAGUAUACUCAUUCUAUUGAUCGUUCUUGCGAGAGAUUUAUUACGUAUAAUCUUUAUGGGAUUUAGGAGCAGGUCCUAUUGUACGUAAAAACAUCAUUCACAUCAUAGUCAUUCUUUAUAUGCUCUUAGUGAUGCUCCCUAGCCUCGGAGCUGUAUUACAAAAGGUCUAUCUCGCCAAAGGCACGUCUAUAUAUUGUACUGUGGAGUACUGUAUGUAUCAAUACCGCCUGGAAUACAAUUUAAAUCCGAGAAACUAGAGGAACGUAACUUUCUAUAGAUGUAACCGAUACGAUUACUCGGUCUUUAUAUUGUCGCCUUUUGGAUAAGCAUCACAUUCUUUUGCUUGAUUAACACAGUCAGUGCAUAUAAUUUAAGCUCUACAUCACAAUGAUAACAGGCAGCUUCAAAGACCUCAAGUAGACAUCUUAAAUAUUGUGCUUUAUCGUCCAAAGCAUUUCCAUUUGCCAUCUUUUUUCUCGUUCCUGAUUCCUUGAAUUGACUUAUACCGAUAUUCCUUCUUUUUUCAAUUUCCAUUACUCAUUCCUCAUGUAGGGUACACCAGUAAGAGCAAAAUAGGACGAUAUCCUACUACCGAUUUAAAUGAAGAGAUACAACGACACGAAUACCGAAGAUUCAAUCGGCAACUAUUCAUCGAUGGAUUUUCGAUUAUUUCAACAAGUAACAUCAUCGUGUUGUCACCUGCUGAAAUCGCCAAUCCUCAAAGUGUGCAUAUCCCACUUACGCGCCGAGACGUGGCAUUGCUUCAUCGUCGAUGCUCGAAAAAAAAUCAACGAUAUUCAUCAGCGGUCACAAGAAGACUUCAGACAUCUCGAAGUAACUUCAGGUACUCCUUGACCCGAAAUCUAAAAAAAGCAACAGAAUUAUCGCUAUCGAUAUAGACCUUAUUGAUCUUGCACGUUUUGUACAGGCCACGCGUGCGAACCAAGAGACGUGUAUUAAUUGGAAUAGCGCCUCCUUUAAGCCAAAUAAUCGGAGAGCAAUAAUUAUACGUUAUGACGUGCGACCAUCGUAAAUCCAAACCAGGAGAAUAAUAGUGAAAAUAAAAUGAAAGCGCCGUACGAUGCGUUCAGGUCACUCGACCCUCACAGUCUAUUUCACGCUUACGACGAACCCAUAGGAUUGCGUAUCUUUCACGUUUCCUUUUUCAUCGUUUUCUCAUAAUGUCCAAUGAAUGCACACACGUGUAUAGAUACAUACGUCUAGAUACGCAUGCAACGCGUGCAUGCGUACCUACGUGAGCACUGGCGCAUUUUCACUUUGAUUUACAUAAGCCAAACAUCGUAUACAUGGAAUUCCAAAGAUUCAAGGCGGGUCUCUCACCAUCGGUCAGAUUUACAGUGCCCUCGUGGCGAAGGAGUGUGCCUUAUGGUGUGGUUCUUCCUCGGAGCUGUAAUUGUCACGUGAAGAGAGAAAAAGAUGCGAUAUAAAAAAAAAGAUUGGCGGAUAAAAGAAUUAAGAACUGCUAUGCAAAGCGUUUUGAUGCGUUACUUCAUCGAGUCAGUCGCUAAAUUUGUGGAAGACCAUUGUGAUCUCUCGGCGUGACGUGGCGCCGCGACUAAUUGUUAUCAUGCAAUCGUAUCACCUUGUUUAUGGAUAACAUUGAAGUAACGUUGUAUAAAUGACAAGAAGUCGUAACACGGCCUUCGGAAAUCAUUGAGAGAUUUGCUUUCGUAGCUGUAUUAGGUUGUAUUAUUAUAUUUGAAGCGCCGCUAUCUUUUUCUUCUGUUCAUUAUCACGUCCCACCUUAUGCCGUACAAACUUCCAUCCUGAGAAGCAAUCGCAUUUUAUUACAGUGGCGAAUAGUGACAAGGGAUACACGUUAACUAGUAAAUGCAUAUGCGGUGAUGCACACAGGGCAUAGAUGGUGUUUAAGGAAAAUUGUCAGGAACUAAAACACCGAUGUGUUUUCGGUGUAGCUACUUUCUUUAGUGUGUAAGUUAUUUUUAGUGGAAAAAUUCAAUUAUUCGUUUAAUCGAUCGCCAUUAAAUGCUCCGAUCAGUGCGUGUCUUGUUCUUCGCGUGCGAUUUAUCUGUUACGUGGGAAUCUCGAGUCUUUUAUGUUUUCUUCUCUGUUGCGGACAGAGGCUGGUUUUAGGAUUGGCGGGAAACUUUUUUGCUUUAUCUUGACAGUCCAAUGAGCGUUUAAUGCUCUGAGGCAUGAACUGCCUUUUUUUCUAUCAGCUUUUAUCGCCCAUUUCUUCUUUAAGGCCUUUUGCUAAACCGAAGGCAUCUCGAGAAUCAAGACUCGGACUGAUCGGACUUAGGUCUUCUUCUUUUUUUCUCCUUACGACCUUAUACGCGAAUCAACAUCUAUUUUCGGGAAACGAAAUUUUCUUCGCUAAAUACGAAUUUUUACGCUACAUUUCGCAAAAAUUAUUUAUCUACUCUUGCGCUCGCUUUUUUUUUUGUUUUGGUCUUGUUUCAAAUCGCCAUAUCUGGGUCAUGAUUUAGACAGAGCGUUAUCGAUAGCUUAUAUGCACGGCAAUGUAUUUAAACUAAUUUUUUAUGAUUAAAUCAGUUGACCUGAACGAUUAGAUGUCAUGUGAGUUAUCAUUCAUACUUCAUUAUUAAAAAGUGAAAUUUGAAAAUUGUAAAUUUAAUAUAUUUUCGUCUUCUACUCAAAUGCAUUUCACUUCGUACAGAAUUUGCAGUCUGAUUCCACGUGCUUGGUGUAUUCCAUUUUUAAGCAUAAUAGUGCAUAAUAAUUCUUUCGGUAUGAGGUAAAUAAGGCACUGAAACGUACAACUGAUGUAUAAGAAGCUUGAUUUUUUUUUUCUUCUUUUUUUGUUGUUAUAAUUAAUUUAGAUUUCGUUAUACAAUUCAAUCAAAUUUGCAUACGUAUCUAUACGUCCAAUGUACAUACACAUGCUUUCCUUGUCUUCUAUUCUCCUGUUACUUCCAACUUCUUGUGAUUUUCUUCUUUUUUUUUUUUUGAUUCCUUAUUUGGUCGUUGCCAAAACCGAGAACGCAAAACCAGGAUCGGACGAGUGCUUCUCUCGAUUGGAAUGAAAACUGAGUCAACCAACUCGUGUUCUCAGAUCUCACGCUCUACGAUAAUUAUUACGUUAUUAACUAGUUGUACGUUAAUGCUCGUAUUCUUACUACUUUAACAAUAAGUACGUCGAUUUACUAAUAAAGCAGCAUUGUUUAACGAGAGUGAAAAGUUAGCUCGAAUAAUAAUCUUGUUUUUCUUUGUCGCAAA